AUAUUCUUAUUAUGUCUAUAGGUUUGACGUGGAGAGUGUCAUCGAAGAGAACAGCAAAACACAGUCCGAAAAUAUACUACGACCGUAAUGGCGGACGAGGAGCUACCAGCGGGAUGGGAGAAACGUCUCAGCAGAUCGACUGGUCAACACUAUUAUUUAAAUAUUUAUACCAAGGAAAGUCAGUGGGAUAGACCAGAUAAACCUGCCGAUCCAUCUGGCAAUGGCAAGGCAGAUGGACCUGAAGAAGUGCAAUGCUCUCAUCUACUUGUGAAACAUUCAGGCUCUCGACGACCUUCUUCCUGGCGAGAGGAGAAUAUUACUAGGUCAAAAGAAGAAGCUCUCGAUUUGGUCAAAUCUUAUAGAGAACAAAUUGCAUCUGGUAAAGCGACGUUCGCUGAACUUGCCUCCAAAUACAGCGAUUGCAGUUCGGCAAAGCGCGGUGGUGAUCUUGGACCUUUCAAUCGAGGUGCGAUGCAGAAACCCUUCGAACAGGCAGCAUUUGCGCUGAAAGUUGGCGAGCUGUCAUCACCUGUCCACACAGAUAGCGGAAUUCACAUCAUCCAACGAACUGCAUAAGCCAACUCAGCCUGAAACGGAUUGCUAAUAUUUUGCAAGAAGUCUCUUUCUCUCUUUCCAUAUCUGUUCUCUCUC